AUGGAUGCAUCCGACGACGAAGGAAAAGGAAACCAGGCAGAGGAAUCAGUUGUCAGAAGAAACAGGCAAGCAGGAAGCAUCGAAGGCGAUACAACCGAUACGCUGUCGCUGGUGGAAGAAGCUGAAGAAGAUCAAGUAAUGAAGCAUUGGAGCAGCAACAAGAAGACGGCGAUAGUACGCAUCAACGAACAGACGAGCAAUCAGACAAGGAACAUACGAGCCAACGGAGAAGGCGGGGAUCAAGGAAACCGAACGGUGCUUACCACACUCAGCUUUAAAAAAAAAAGGAAAAGGGGGAAGGAAGGUCCAGAUGCUUGCUUGACGGCAACAACAGAAAGCGCAAUUUCAAUAGCAAUUGCAUCAUCAAAAGAUAGGAAAGGAGAUCCAAUUUUCUUCCCAUAUGAAGAAACUACAUUCAGCUCAUAUGAAGAGGCCAAGGAGUUCUACAACUUGUAUUCAAGGGAAAUUGGGUUCGGAAUAAGGACAUCAAGAUCGAAGACGAACAACAAUCAGUACACCACAAGAAAGGAUAUAGUAUGCUCCUGCGAGGGUUCCUACCAAAACCCAAGAGCAGCAAGUGCUAGAACUGGAUGCAAAGCUAUGUUGAGACUCCAUCGAACAGCCAACCACUCUUGGAUUGUGAGUAAGAUAAUUCGGAACACAACCAUGCCCUUUUCAGAAACAUAUGGUGAGAAGAAACAAUGGGGCUCACACGGCGAUAUAGAUCCACUAACAAAGGAUUUCAUCAAGAGAUUGAGAACAAACAACGUUACACUUGGUCGUGUAUGGAGCAUAAUCGGAGUAUCCUCUGCAGAUUCUGCAUUACCAAUCAGAAAGCAAGCAGUUGGAAACCUUUGCGCAAGAUUAGCACAGGAUGACAUCAAGGAGGAUAUAAAGAAAACAAUGGAAUUACUAGAGCAGAUGAGCCGAUAUAACAAUGAUAUGAAGGUCAGAUUCCAGAAUGAUGCAGACGGGAGAAUACUAAAUAUGUUGUGGUGCACCAGGAAAAAUCAACAAGAUUACGAGCACCUUGGAGAUGUCGUAACUUUUGAUACGACGUACAGGACAAACCUGUACAACUUACCGUUUGGGAUCUUUGUGGGGGAAUUCGAUGUCCGGGUGGAUACCUCCGCGGAGAAGGAGAAGACCCACUCCAUCGGCAGGUUCACCACCGGCUUUCCGCCCUUCUCGAAGGAGAGGAGCGCAGAGAACAGGUGGACUCUUCGCAAGGAUGUUCCCCAAGGACGGCAGCUUACUGGGACUGGGAAUAUGCGGGACAGACACUACAGCAAGAGGCCGUGGAUUUUGGAGGAUGAGACGGGUGAACAUCAGUAUCAGGGCCAAACUGAGGAUCCGCCUUUCACAUACUAUUCACUGACACUGAAAGUCAAUGACAUGAUUGCUGUUCAAGUUGGUCCCUGGUACAACUUCAGUAAAAUUGCACAGUACAAACAGCUGACCUUGGAAGAAGCUGAAGAGAAAAUGAAUAGAAGGAGAAGUAGUGCAUCUGGGUAUGAACGGUGGAUGAUGAAGGCAGCUGCAAAUGGAGCUGCUGCCUUUAGUUCAGGUGUGAAGAGGCUUGAUGAUGUAAAUAUAGGGGCAACAAAUGGUGUUCACCCCAUGAAAGGAGAUAGGAAUGAGAAUGAAAAUCAAUCUGACAAAGUUGACGACGAAGAAGGGGGAGCUGCAAGGAAAAAUAGGCUUGGGCUUACUAUGAAGGGCAUGGACGAGGAUGACGAGGAAGGUGGAAAGGACAUAGACUUCGAUUUGGAUGAUGAAAUUGAGAAAGGUGACGAUUGGGAGCACAAAGAGACCUUCACUGAUGAUGAUGAGGCUGUGGAUGUUGAUAUAGAGGAAAGACCUGACUUAGCUGAUCCUGAGGCUGCUCCUCCUGAAAUUAAACAGGAUGACAACGAGAAUGAACUAGGCGGCAGUGACAACUUGAGCAAGUCUGGUCAGGAGCUAAAAAAGCUGCUUCGUCGAGCUGCUGGGGAAAAUGAGUCUGACGUUGACGACAAAAGCACAGAUGAAGAUGACCUACCAUCGCCAGAACUUGCUUCAAAACAACUUGUACCCAAAAGUGAACCAGUGGAUAGCAACCCUGCUAAACCAACACCAUCGGAGCACACUCAGAGCGCCACACCUUCAUCCAAAUCCAAUCAAAAGAGGAAAUCAGGGGGUGGUGAUGCAAAUACUUCUAAUGGUGCAACCUCCAAAAAGAUAAAGAUAGAACCUGAAACCAGAACAUUGGUUGUCAAGGAUGAAAAGCUGUAUUCUUCGGAACCAAUAUCAAAAUCAUCUCUUUCAGAAAGAAGAGAAUCCUCACCCAUUACAGAGGAGGAAGUCAGGGCAGUACUUCGUGCAAUUGAACCCACCACAUGCCAAGAUCUGGUGUUGAGGUUCAAGGCUCGUCUAAUAACUCAAGAGGACAAGAAAACAUUUUCAGACAUUGUGAGGAAAAUAUCUCACAAGAAUUGCCAUGGCAAAGUCGUUCUUCAGAAGGAACAAAAGUGA